CUACAGAAUCCAAUGGCUGUGGCCAUGCACAGGAACAUGGCCCAGGUUCCCCUGACUUCAGAACCAGUUAUGGAGCUUGGCCUGGAAGCAUGGCAGUGUGCAUGUAGACAUGGUGUUGGAGGAGCGAAGAGGUCUACAUCUUGAUCUGCAGGCAGCAAAAGGAGACUGUGUCACUGGACAUAGCUUGAACAACUGAGACCUCAAAGCCCACCUCCAUGGUGAUAUACUUCCUCUAACAAGGUUACACCUACUCCAACAAGGCCACACCUCCUAAUAGUGCUACUCCCUCUGGGCCAAGUAUUCAAACUCAUGAGUCUACAGGGGCCAAACUUAUUCAAAACACCACAGUGGGUGAGGUUGAACCAAAGAAUAGCAUCAGGAUGUGUCCUUUGAGGAUGUGGCCAUACACUUCUCCCAGGAAGAGUGGGUGCUCCUUGAUAAGGCCCAGAGGCUCCUGUACUGCAGUGUGAUGCUGGAAAACUUGGCACUUGUGGCAUCUCUGGGUUCCUGUACUAGACUGGGGGGUGAAGACGUAACUUGUGAGCCUGCAGAAGGGGUGGUGUGUAACACAAGUCCGUCUCCCCAGGAGACUCAUCUCCUUGAGAUACCUGUCCCAGCUUUGGAAGAGGUUUUGCACCAGAAUGAGUUCUUGAGCAUACACCCUGUGCAGACAUUAGAUUUGAGCAGAACAGGUUCCAGUUUGAAUGAACACAAUAACCGGCAUCGGAAGAGUUACAGUGGUGAAAAGUCCUAUGAAGGGGAUCCUCACAGGGCUACAGCUAUGUCAAGUUGCACAUCCCAUGGGUUGACUAAGCCAUUCAUCUGUGGGAAGGAUGGCAAGGAGGCCCUCUCCUCCGAAGCUGGUGUUCAGCAGCAGGGUGCUUGUCAUAGUGAACAGCCCUCCAUAGGCUGUCUUCAACAGCAAGCCACUUGUAUUAGUGAACAGCCUUAUAGUAGUGGCAAGUGUGGGCAAGCACUUUUGAAUGGAGAGAAACAUUGUAAGGACGGUGAAUGCCGAAAAGGUUCAAGCUGCAAACACACGCUUGUUCAGUGUCCAAGUGCCUUCUCUGAGAAAAGGCCAUCUGAGUGUAGCAAGUAUGAGAAAGCCUUCUCCUGCAAUUACAAGCAUGCUCAGCAUCAGGACAGUCACUCGGGAAAAAGGACAUAUGAGCAUAGUCAGCACGAGAAGCCCUUCAGCAAAAAGUGCCGCCUCAACACACAAGACAGAAUUUGUCCUCAAGAAAGGCCCUAUAAAUGUACUGAGUGUGGAAAAGCCUUUAUCUACAAAUCUGAACUCGUUUACCAUCAGAGACAUCACAGUACUAGAGUACAUUAUGAGUGUGUGGAAUGUAGAAAAUCCUUCACGUACAAAUCCAACCUCACUGAACACCAGCGAAUCCACACUGGAGAAAGGCCUUAUCAGUGUGAACAAUGUGGAAAAUCCUUCAGACAAAACUCUAGCCUCUUUAGACACCAUCGAAUUCAUACUGGAGAAAGGCCAUAUGAGUGCUACGAGUGUGGGAAAUCGUUUAGACAGAUCUUUAAUCUUAUCAGACACAGGCGAGUCCACACGGGAGAAAUGCCUCACCAGUGUGCUGAUUGUGGAAAAGCCUUUAGCUGCAAAGCUGAACUCACUCAACACGAGCGAAUUCACAGUGGGGAAAAGCCUUAUGAGUGUAGCGAGUGUGGAAAAUACUUCAGGCAGUUCUCCAACCUCAUUCGACACCGGAGAGUGCACACUGGUGACAGGCCUUACAAGUGCAGUGAAUGUGAGAAAUCCUUCAGUCGCAAAUUCAUCCUCAUCCAGCACCAAAGAGUUCACACUGGAGAAAGGCCUUACAAAUGUGGGGAAUGUGGCACAUCCUUCACCCGGAAAUCUGACCUCAUCCAGCACCAAAGAAUUCACACUGGCACGAGACCUUAUGAGUGUGAAGAGUGUGGGAAGUCAUUCAGGCAAUGCUCUAGCCUCAUCCAGCACCGGAGAGUUCAUACCGGAGAGAAGCCUUAUGAGUGUAUCGAAUGUGGGAAAGCCUUUAGUCAGAGUGCUAGCCUCAUUCAACAUCAGAGACUGCACACUGGAGAAAGACCUUAUGAGUGUAGUGAAUGCAGGAAGUCCUUUAGCCAGAGUGCCAGCCUGAUUCAACACCAGAGAAGCCACAGUGGAGAAAAGCCUUUUGAAUGUAGUGAAUGCGGCAAACCCUUCACUCAUAAGUCUGACCUGAUUCAGCAUCAAAGGGUUCACACUGGAGAAAGACCUUAUGAGUGCCAUGACUGUGAGAAAUCCUUUAGCCGUCGAUCAAAUCUUGUCCGACACCAGCGAGUUCACACCUAAGAAGAGUCUUCAUCAUGUAACAUGCUGCUUAGCGUGUUCUUUAUCACAUCUUGGUGAGAAGGACAUAGGCAGAAAGUGCAUAAAGAUUUAUGCCUGCCCCUGAUUGGAUGAAGGUGGGAAGUGUGCAGCUUUGUGGGUUUUGCCUUUAUAAGCAGCUGACUAACAUAAUUUGUGGCCAUUCUCUGGGAAUCCCAGGUAUGAUCCUGGCCAGUAUUUAAUAAAACUUCUUUCAACUUUGACUCAAAAAAAAAAAAAAACUGCUGUUUAAUAAGUGUAGUAACACUGGAGGAGACUCACAGCCCUCUCUGAGUUCAGAGAUUAUUCAUCUGGGCUUCAGAAGUGGAGGUUAUUUCAGAUAUGUGGGAAAUUUUGAGGAGACUCAUUCCAGUUUUUAGUAUGUCUAGAGCCAUGUCCUGAUUUAUGUCAUUUGCAGUAUCUGUGGUAAAAACCCUGUUACUCUUACCACCUGGAAGAUUAUGAGUCUGAUUAUCCCUGCUAAGUGCUUAGAGAUUCAGACUUCUCUACUCUGCUCUGGCCUUAGCCUUGGAGACCCCUCCUUUCCUUUUUAGGGCAGCAAUCUUAUUUAGCAGGUGUGGUCCGAGUUGUGCUUUUAACUUUGCUAGGAAAGACAACUUUGUUCAGGACAGGUUUUGCUCUCACACUGUGCUCCUGAUGAAUAUUUCCAGGCUGGAACUCACCAACUUGUGAAAUGCUUGCUACACAUUGCUAUGACCUAACUCUUGAAAAGGAAGUUUUUUUAUGCUCCUUUGAUCUUGAAGGUUUUGUUCAUUCUGUGGUAUGACUUAUCAGGUGACCUAUGAUGUCAGCAUGACAGGGUGGACCAACUCCAUAGAUAUCCCCACUUUCUGUUUUAGAAGGUAUGGUAGAGCCGCAGGAAGCAGCAGUGUGGAUUAUUAGUCUAAUUUUCAUGCUGUCCCUGCCCUCACAGGAAAGACUGUUGGUUUUGUGUUCCUGACUUACUGAAGGUACUGUGAUUUUGGGGAGGUGAGAAGUCUUCAUGAAGAGAAGUGUUAUGACAACCCUGGAUAUUCCUGUGCCACCUGAACAAUUCUAUUCACUUUUCCACCAGGAUGUCACAUAAUUCCUAGCACUAUUGAAGGUAAUCUCUUCUGCAGGCUUUGUACUGGAGCCAUUUGAUAUGAGUUAAGUAGUGAAUAGGGUAGUGAUUGGGACAGGAACUGAGUUAAUGGAUAUGAAAAUAAUCCUUCAUUUCUUUAUUGUGCAUAUAUGUGGCUUGGUGCACAUGGACUGUGGUACAUGUGUGGAGGUCAGAAGGCAGCUUUUGGAGUUGUUUCUAUUCUCCCAUGUGGGUUUCAGAGAUUGAAUUCAGGUCAUCAGGCUUUUGGCAAACACUUUUACCUACUGAGUCAUGUCUCUGACCCUGGAACAUGCUUCUAUUAAAACUUCACCCAUAGAUGUUCCAGUGAUUUUGUAUGAGUUGACAAAUUCUUGAGAUCUUUAUGGCUAUCUCCUAUGGCUGUGAGGUUUUGUCGGAGAAAAGAGUGAGAUGAUUUUGUAGAUUCUUCUAUUCCCCUGGAUUUGCCAUGAGCCAAAGCUGUACAGUUAGAAAAACAAGGGGAAGAAGAUGACUCUGAGAUGGGGUAUAAUUCUGACUUGUGAUUUAAGGGGCAGUAACUUGUAUUACUUACCAAGAUUGGCUGUCAGUAGAGCAAGGCUGUGACUCUCAGAUCUGAGAAGGAAGAUGAUGGGAUCCAUAUCAGGUUGUGAAUAUGUUUUGAGAACAGCAGGGCAUCUAGGUAUACUGUUUUGGGCUACUUUUUAUGGCAUUGUUUAUGUAUCAUCUGGAUGAUUUAUACUUAAAGGGCAUAGCAUGGCACUGUGGUGUAUACCUGGAGUUCCAGUUUCUAGAAAGGCUAACGAAGGAGGAGUUCAUGAGCCCAGGGGUUUGUGGCUCAGUGGGGGCAACAGUACAACUCUAUCUCAAAAACAAAACCUCAAUUUUAUAAAGUCUUGGAAUCAUUACAGCUAUGAAAAUGAAUUUAUCUGUCAUCUGUACAUUUACAACAUGCCACUUUAUUUACAUUUCCUAUCUCUCCUGGAAACAAGUGAUUUUGUUUUUAAUUUAAACUUUAUUUUUUAGGCAUAUGGAUGUUUUCUCUGCAUGGAUGUACGUGUGCCUAGUGCCUAGGGAGGCCAGAAGAGGGAGUAGGAUCUCCUGGGACUGGAGUUACAGAUAGUUGUGGGCAACCAUGUGGGUACUGG